UGGAAGUCCAGAUAUACUUGAAGAAUAUUUAACGACACAUACAGUGACAGCCCAUUAAACUAUAUAUCCAGACACCACACUCACAUUGUGCUUCUCAACAUCUUAAGCAGAUGCAGGACCAAGUUUCUGAACAAACACACUCAUCGACUGCUCUCUCUUUCUCUCCCUCUUUCCCUCUCUCGUUGAUAAGUCAUGAAAGGACAGAACCAAAGCUCAACAUCUUCUUGUAACAUCCAUCCAAUAGAUUUUGUUGAAGGUGUGUGUCCUAUCUGUCUCAACGAGAGGCUGCUAGUCUUGGCUUAUUUACAGAGAAGACACGCUCCAUCUCCUUCUCCUUCCUACCAUACCAUCCAAGAACCGAAAAUAAAUUCCCAAAAAUCUUCCAAGAAGAAAAACAUCAGACUCUUCUCGUUCCUUGGCUCCUUCCAACUGCGACACCACAAUUCUGAUCAUCGAGCCAACUCCAUCAUCAGUCCAGAAGAUUCAUUCAUUUCGAUUAAUUUCGAAAACAACGGAACAACUUCAUGGGAAAAGGAAAAAGAAAGUUACCAGCUUGAACAUUCCACGGCUUCAUGUGAUCAUCAAUAUCAACAUAUCACGAAGAAGGAGAUUAUUCUUCGGCUAAUGCAACGGCCUCUGUUGACGUGGAGCAAACGGAUUGGCCGACUCAUACACGUCAUCAGUUUCAGGAGGCGUUCUAGCGCCAAGGUUAAAGGUGAUGAUGGCUUGAGUAGAAGUUGCUUGAAGCCUUCGCCCCUCACAAACAAGAAAACGCAAAGUCUGGAAUCUUUUGUAUAAUCAUUUUGUUACAACUAUUAUCCUCUUUUUGUUCUAUUACAAUAUUUUGGCUUUUUCUAUUUG